GGGAGAGCUACUAUUGCCAUGGCUGAAACUUCUGAAGAAAAAACAGCUUCUCCAGAACCACUACCUUUCACUCAGGAACAACUACAGCACCUGUAUAAGCUUUUUAACUCUCCACAAUUCACACUUAAUUCAUCUUCUUCCCCUGCUCCAGCCCAGAAAGGACCUGAACUCGGGGAGGAUGAUUGGCAGUGCUAGGGAGUGCGACGGGCUGUAUUAUCUUGAAGAUGGACUGCCUUCAAGUAUGGUUGCCCAAGAAUCUCCUCAUAAAUUAGAGUCUGUGUCUACUGAUCAAGAUAUUAUGUUAUGGCAUUUUCGUAUGGGUCAUCCUAGUUUUUUUUAUUUGAAACGAUUGUUACCUGAGUAUUCAUCAAUAAAGAUCCAUCUUUUUUUAAAUGUGAAGCGUGUGCUUUAGCUAAACAUCACAAGUCUUCUUAUCCUUCUCGUAUUUAUAUUCCCUCUAAACCCUUUCAAUUAAUUCAUAGUGAUAUUUGGGGUCCAUCUAGGAUCCCUACUUCUUCUGGUAAAAGGUGGUUUGUCACUUUUAUUGACGAUCAUACGUGUCUUACUUGGUUAUUUCUGAUGAAAGACAAACAUGAAGUAGUCGAUAUUUUCAGAAAAUUCUACAACAUGGUCCAAGUUCAAUUUAAUGAGAAGAUUAAAAUAUUUCGUAGUGACAAUGGUCGGGAGUAUUUUUCUAAUACCCUGACUCAGUUUUUCAAUGAAAAGGGAAUGAUCCAACAAAGCUCAUGUGUUGAUACGCCACAACAAAAUGGUGUGGCGGAAAGGAAAAAUAGACACCUACUUGAAAUCACACGAGCAUUAUUACUAGCUAAUCAUGUUCCUAAAUAUUUUUGGGGAGAUGCCCUUUUAACUGCUGUUUACUUGAUUAAUCGCAUGCCCUCUAAACCUUUAUCUUUUCAAACUCCUAUCCAAAAAAUUCAUGAGUUUAAUUGUGAUCUUAAACCGUUUGUAAAUUUACCCUUCAAAAUAUUCGGCUGCACUGUGUUUGUGUCUAAUCGGGAUAAAACUAAGUCUAAACUUG